UGGAUCUACGCCGUCAUUACCAAUAUUCUGACAGACGUUUUAACAUGGACCUAGCUGAGAACGCGAACAGUCAACACGUGUAGCUGCAAUAUUAAACAACGAACAAUGUCCAGCAUAAAUGUGUUUCAUCGCAGCCCGUGUCAUCUGGAACCGAAAUAACUCCGCUGGUACUCAAGUCUGCGUUCAACGUUUACAUCUCCAAAAGACCCGCAAGACGAUGAUAACUACAGUGCGUUAUCACAAAUCGGCAAUUAAGAUCUCGUUUAUUUUUUAUUCCGGGCUUGGCAACAAUGAUUAACAGUACUUCUGUUGUCAAAGAUAAACGACUAAUGAUGAUCUGUGUGUGAUGAAUAGUUAGUUCGUCGUGAGCAUCAAUCAAAAGUGAAGUUAAAAUUUACUUCAGAAUUAAUUUACAAUAGAAGAAAUGUUUUAUAAUAUAAGCUGAUAAUACAAACGAUGUGGCUGUAUAGUAAGCUAAGAAGUGCGACAUUUAUUUUGGCGCUUACAGCGUCAAUCAUGCCGUAUUAUAGCGUUUCUUUGUUUACAAAUUCACAAAAAAUGUAUAUAGAAAACAGUGUUGGUCAUUUAAAGUACGGAGUUCGAUCAACAAGAACGUCAGGAGUUUCUGAAGGACGAGUUUUUAAUUUUGGUAGUAUUUCAAGUCUGGGUAGUUAUUUUGUUAAAUUUUAUAGUUAUUUCGAGUCUGGUAUGAGCCUCUUAUGGGGUUCUGAUGGGCAUAUAGAUGACAAAUGGGAUGAUAGGUCGAAGAAGGUAUAUUAUAAAAAUUACCAACUACUGAGAGUGAUACCACGGACAGACAUGCAGGUGGAUGACGUAUUGGCCUUAAGAGAAGAGAUAGAAGGACUGAUGUACUGGACAGAGCCGGCGAGGAACCACUCUGCAGACAUUCUGAUUCCCCCUGAUUCAGUGACCGACGUCAAACAGUUCCUGCAGAUACGAGGGGUUGAGUUCGUCGUGCUUCUCAAGGACGUGCAGAAGGCAAUUGCCUCCCAGAACCCGAGCAUGUCACGACAGCAACGCGUCGAAUUGAGGACUAACAAGGGACAUGAUAUGACCUUCCAGAGAUAUCACAGAUACUCCGACAUGCUGCGAUACAUGAACUAUCUAAGUCUGAAAUACCCAGAACUCGUGGAGUUGCUGAUCAUAGGGAAGUCCAGCAAGGGACAGCCUCUCAAAGUCAUCAAGAUAUCAACUGGACAGCGAACCAAGGACGGCAACAUCAAGCCAGCAGUUUGGAUAGACGGAGGAAUGCACGCCAGGGAAUGGAUUUCACCGGCUGUGGUCAUGUACACGUUGAAACAGUUAGUUGAGAACUUCAAAGUGAAUCGUAAAGUAGUUGAAGGUGCUGAUUGGUACAUACUCCCAGUAUCCAAUCCGGACGGCUAUGAAUACUCUCACACCACAGAUCGCUUCUGGAGGAAGACACGGUCAAACCACGAGUCCCAAGACGAGGAAACCUCCAGGACAUUGACGAAUUUCUUCUGGGGGGAGUCGUGUCGUGGCGUAGACAUGAAUAGGAACUGGAAUUUCCACUGGGGCGAAGUUGGCGCAUCGGAUGAUCCCUGUCACGAAACGUACGCCGGUCCUAGACCCUUCUCGGAGCCGGAGACAAGGGCCAUAUCAGACUUCAUAAUGGACAGGAAAGACCGAAUAAAACUGUACCUUACAAUGCACGCAUACUCCCAGAUGUGGCUCGUACCUUGGGGCUACACAAGCAAAAAGACAGGGGACUACGACGACCUCAUGAACAUGGGGAGAAAAGCGGUGGACGCCUUGAACAGGGUCAGUGGAACUCAGUAUCAGCUCGGCCCAUCGCCUUCACUGCUAUACCCUACUUCAGGUGGAGCUGACGACUGGGCGAAAGGAGCAGCGGGUAUCAAAUACGCUUACACGGUGGAGCUCAGAGACGACGGAACUUAUGGUUUCCUACUUCCUGCCUCGCAGAUUGUCGCCACGGGGAAGGAGACGUUUGCAGCCAUUAAAGCCAUUGCCAGAGCAAUCGUGUGCAAGAACUAAGUACGACUCUGUACAAUUUGCAGCUUUAAUGAUGUGACCCAACACUUUAAAACGCGAAAAACAGAAAGUUUUAAUUUUGUGGUUUAAUGGUAGGCCUACACCAUACACUGUAACACAGCAGAACCGAUCUGAUAAAAUGCAUCUUUAGCCAGUGGCUAACUAAACAUUUCAUCUGAGCGGUUUUGUUGCGUUCUAAUGUGGAACCACUGAACCACCGUGUCCGCUGGGCUAACGCGAUUAAGGCCGGGCGCAAACGCAGC